UUGAUUUUAUUCCUCCGCGCCGGCAACGACCGCAGCAGUUUGGAGAUCGUAGUUGCCGUGAUCGCCCGCCGAUGCCGGCCGUUCGAGACUGCCCGCUCACGCCGUGCGCUCCGCGCCGACACCAGCUCCUAGUGCAACCGACGACGCCCAUGCACGAAGGCGGUGGCGACGACGACGACCACGCGAUGAAUUCGAGCAUGCAUCUGUCCCCCAAGACGCUGUUCCGAAGCGAAGCGGUCGACUCCUCGCCUCCUUCGUCGUCCAGCGACCUGAACAGCUCGACCGACUCGGGCGUCGUGCGCUCGCUCGAACGUUCGCCCUCGGUGCCCGUGCAGAUGGUGAUGCCGGUGCCUCGGCAGGACACGCCGCCUUACAAGCGCAUCAGGGCCCUGCGACUCUUCGGUUCGCCGCAGACUCCCAAGACCCUGCUGCAGCGAGCCGAGGCUCCCAGCACCGUGCACGUUAGCCGGCAACGGAUCAGCCAGCACGUGAAGCCGGUCCAAGCGCCCGCAACCGCCGCGGCUUUGGCCAACGUGAACCCGUUCUCGCCGCUGCAGACGACCCCGCCGGAGCCGAGACCCAAGAGACCGAGGAAGUGUUACAGCGUGCUCAGGACUCCAGAGUCUGCGACUGCUGAAGAGCUGUGGGAGUGCUAUGAAGAUGACGCCAUUCAGGAUCGUAUUGUUAAGAUGCAGCGCAUCACGCGAAUGGAGCCCGGCCAGUCGCGCUACGAAACCGAGUUCCUCGAGUUGACCGAAGUGGGCAGCGGGGAGUUUGGAAGUGUGUACAAGUGCCUGCAUCGACUCGACGGAUGCGUCUAUGCCAUCAAGAAGUCUCGCAAGCCCAUGCGGGGCACCCAGGAUGAGAAGACUGCCCUUAACGAAGUGUACGCCCAUGCGGUGUUGGGUCAGCAUCCACACGUCGUCCGCUACUACUCAGCUUGGGCGGAGAACGACCACAUGAUCAUCCAGAAUGAGUUCUGCAAUGAGGGCAGCCUGGCCGAUGCCAUCCAGCGCAACGAACGCGAGGGCAAGCACUUCUCAGAGAAGGAACUGCGGCGCAUCCUCCUACACGUAGCUGAGGGUCUUCGGUAUAUCCACUCCCAGAACCUCGUCCACAUGGACAUCAAGCCAGGGAACAUUUUCAUCUCGAGGGUCCCACUUACUGCACUUCCAGAGAGCAUAGACGAUGGUUUUGACUCUGGUUCAGAGGGCCCAACUGAAGAACUCGUCUACAAAAUUGGUGACCUGGGUCAUGUGACCUCAACCAAGAACCCCCAAGUGGAAGAAGGUGACUGCCGGUACCUCUCAAAAGAGGUGCUCCGCGAAGACUACUCCAACCUUCCCAAGGCAGACAUCUUUGCGCUGGGCCUCACUGUCUUCGAAGCGGGUGGCGGUGGUCCAUUGCCCAAGAAUGGUCAGGAUUGGGUGUCGAUUCGCAAGGGCAACCUCCCGAAGCUUGAACAGUGUUCACAAGACUUCAACCAACUUCUUACUGAGAUGAUCCAGAAAGUGGCGACCAAGCGGCCUUCUGCAAGCUCCCUCCUCCACCACCCUGUGCUGGUUCCCAACGCCACCAAGUCGCGAGCGCAGCUCCGGAAAGAACUGAAUGCCGAGCGGUUCAAGAACGAGCUUCUCUCCAGGAAACUCGAAGAGGCGUCCAUGUGCCUCCAGUCCCUCCCCAUCGUCAAUUCGUCGUCCACCGCGCAAAACAGCCGCGUCCACCGACUCAUCGGCAAGAAGGCCAAUCGGAGCCACAGCGUGACCAACUUCUGAAGUCGACAGUAUCCAGUGUGCGACUGUAAACCCCCGCCAUUCCACGUUUGUUUGCCUUCCUUCCAUUCCUCUCCACGUCCUCCAUCAUUGUGCGCCAUGUACCACCGUCACCAUCAAGCUAUCUACACGACCGUGACAUCCGCGCUCCCUGUCGUUCCCUUCGGUACCUGUUCUCGGUGUGUUGUGUGGUUGGGGACUGCCAGUUGUGCCUAACUUAAAGGAUUUCGCAAAGCUACGGAACGAGACUGUGAUCGAGUCGACAGUCAAGAUGCAUGACAAGUCAAGUAGUCGGGACAUGACCAAGACGCUGACGAUGCGAUUUUUGUGAAAGUUUGAGGUGUGGACCAACUUUUUUUUUUCCUCAUGUAGUCCUAAUCCCAGAUCUCAUGUGGUGUGACACCCGUCUCCGAUUCGCGGAGGAGAGGGUGGUUUGUUCCUGUAAGAUUUUAUCUUUUUUUCUUGUCUCUUUAGAGUGUUUAUCAUGCACUGAGCUGCACUUUUUUAGAGAAACGUUUAUAAUGAUGCUGACAGAAAGUGCCUUUAUGCGAAGGGCUGUUUGUGCCAUAAGUUAUUUGAGUUUUUUUUUUAUGACCAAGUGCAUUCAUGUGCAGUGUAAAUAAAAGUAAGUCAAUUACAUAUUUCUUUUUACUGAUGACAACAUUUUGUAUAAUAUGCUGUUUUAUCCCAGUCAUCUCAGAGAAUAAAGAUUUUAUCCAUCAUUA